AUGUGUGUUUUUCAUAUUUAAAGUUGUUAGAUCAGAUUUUUUGUUAACAUUAGUUUUUCUUUUUGUCUCGCCCUCAGUGUUAGUGGGGGCGCGCGCUGAAAGCAUAAACGCCUCUUGCGGCAAGCGCCGAAACUUGCAAAUGAAAAUGGCGGUUUCGUCGAAGACGUGUGCAUUUGUUUCUGAGGUUUUCGUUAGGACACUUCCAGAUAAGGGCAUACAGUGACUUAUCAGAGUGAAAAGUGUAUGUGAAAAAAGGGCAUAACGCGAAAAAAAAUUAAAAUGUGCAACAAUUCUAAGGCAGAAACUGCAGAUUUAAAAUCAGUUGGUACGCUUCCAGAAGAUGACGUCGACCAACGCAGUGAUGCGCACGCAUCACCCCCUACCGAAGUCGCGACGAAGAAUGACGACGAAAUUCCGCCGAAAAAAAGGAAAACUCGACGCGGGAAAAACAAACGACGACAUCCGUACGAUAGGAAGGCCACCAAAGUUAUUAAACCGGAGGCUCCUUAUAAUAGCAACAGAUUCCUGAUAGAAGACCACGGUAACAUCGAAGAAUUAGAUGAGAAACUCAAAAAAGGAGACGCCUUGGUUCGUACCCGAGAUUCCAGCUUUAGUAUGGACUCUGAUGGUGAAUUUUAUUCAUCUCCAGACGACGAAGAAGAAUUCCUUAUUAGAGAUUUCGAUGACCAAUACGAAAUACUUCAGGCUGAAAGAUUGAAUAAUAUGUCCAAGACCGACCUAAUUGCAGAAUACUUACAACUUGAAAAAAAGGUGGAAAUUCUUAGUAAACGUGCUAAAGGUAAAUCCGCGAGUUCUUUGGAACAGGAUGUUAAAAGUGUCGAUGUUUCAAACGAAAUAGACCUAAAAGUUCAAAUUGACCGACUACGUUUGGAAAAUGAAACACUCAAGCAAGAGCUGCUGAGGUUAAAAGGCAAGCUAUCAAUAAAUAUGUCAGACUCUGAAGAUUCGGAAUCUGAUAGCAGUGUUUCCUGCAGCUCUUGUAGUAGCAGUGACUCCAGUAUGGCUAAUAAAAGCAGAUCUUCAACGCCUGUUCAAAAUGGUAAUGCAGAUUACACCAAAAUGAAUGGACUAUCCCCUACUGUACCAGCUUAAUCCAGUGUUCAUAGUAUACAGUUAUUUAUAAAAUUUGAUAGUUAAGAACAUAAGUUUAGGGCUGUUGUUCUAAUUAGUGGAUUUCUAAGUAUUGAGCUGAACAAGCAAUUAAAUUUGUAAACUUAUAAAAUUGGAAAAUUAUAAUGCUGUAUUUAUUUGUGUUAACAUUAAAUCUAUUUUUAAGAUAAUUGUUAAUUGCCAAUACUAAGAAACCCACAAAUAAUGUGUUUUAUACUUUCUAUAUUGGAAAGCACGUGUUGUUCAUCUAAUCUAUUGUUGUAAAUAGCAGUAGCUAUAUCUUCAGUUACAGUUGUAGAAAUUGUGAACUCACCCUUUUUUUAAUUACCCUGUAUUUAUAUGCUUUAUGUAAUUUCAGAUUUUUAAGGCAUUUCAAGAACUAAAAUAUAUGCAUCAGUAAUACUAAAUGUGUUCAUAUUAUUUUUUAUUGGGCAGACUGUAAUCUGUUAAUUAUAAAAUCUUAUCUAUUUAUAAAUCAAUUCAGAUGCAUAUACUUUAGAACAGGUAUUAGUAGAUUAAACAUAGUUGAACCAAAAUAUAUAGAUCUAUGUUUUUAAUAAAUUAUCAUUAAUUUAGUAA